ACGGGGGCUUACACCAAAAGUACCAUCACUCAGAUUGAGAGGCGGUUUGAGAUCCCAAGCUCUACUGUUGGCAUCAUCGAUGGCAGCUUUGAAAUGGGUAAUUUGUUGGUCAUUACUGUUGUUAGCUACUUUGGCUCUAAGUUUCACAGGCCCAAGAUCAUUGGGGUCCUGUUGAUGGGUGUAGGGACACUGUUAAUGGCUUUACCUCACUUCAUCAUGAGCCAAUACAAGUACGAUACAGCUGCCGCCCACAGUAAUGAUGCUGAUAAUUUCACAGUGAGCUCCACAUGCUCAUCUGACAACCAGAGUACUGUUCAACAGCUUGUUUCCGGGUGUCUAAAAGAGGAAGCGGAAAGCUCACCCACGUGGGUGAUUGUACUGUUUGGAAACAUUUUGCGUGGCAUAAAAUUAUUAUUAUUAUUGUUAUUUAUUUUAUUUUUUUAUCAUAUCAAAGCUACCCACGUUUCACGUGAUUUAGUUUAUUUUGUUAUCUUUUUCUUUUCUGUAGGUUGUCUGCACACACUUGGAGUGAUCGGGCCAUUUUUUGGUUACUCACUUGGAUCUCUGUGUGCUAGUUUCUAUGUGGACAUUGGCUUAGUGAAUCAAGAGAGUGUGACCAUCACCCCUCAGGACUCUCGCUGGGUUGGGGCCUGGUGGUUGGGUUAUGUGGUUUCUGGGCUGUUGACUCUUCUUGCUGCUUUGCCUCUCUGGUUCCUGCCAAGAGCUCUACCUGAAAACCCCCAAACCUCUAAACUAGACCACCCUUCAAACCAACACAAACACACACUCAGCAUUACAGAGAUAGCCAAAGAUUUUGGCCCAUCUCUAAAGCGUCUGCUCACCAAUGGGAUCUAUCUCCUGUACCUAGUUUACGGUGUAUUGGCAUUCAAUGCCUUUACCAUUGUCAUAACAUACACGCCAAAAUAUUUGGAGCAGCAGUUUGGGCAAAGUGCAUCUAAGACCAAUUUUCUCAUAGGAGUCACGUCUAUUCCGUCAGUGGCUCUGGGUAUGUUCCUAAGUGGUUGGAUUAUGAAGAGGUUUAAACUGAGUCUGCUGGGAUCUACAAGACUGAUGUUCUUCUGCUCUGUAACCUCAUUGGUUUGCACCAUACCUUACUUUGCUCUCAGCUGUGAAAACAUAGAUGUUGCUGGGGUCACAGUGCCCUAUCAAGGAUCUAUUGAAGUUCAAGAUAUAAGCCGUGGUUUACUCACUUCAUGCAAUACUGACUGUGGGUGUCCUGACUUCCAAUGGGAUCCAGUGUGUGGACAGAACGAAGUGACCUACAUCUCUCCAUGUCAUGCUGGCUGCAAUUCCACUCGGGGGGCAGAGCAGAAUAUGACAUUCCAUGGCUGUACAUGUAUCCAGAGCUGGGGACUGACUUCUGGGAACUCCUCUGCAGUGCUUGGACAGUGUUCACGAGAGACUAGCUGCACUAAAAUGUUCUACAUCUAUCUGGCACUGCAGUCUCUUGCCUUCUUUGUGUACUGUCUGGGCACUGUUCCCUUCUUCCUCGUCUCAUUGAGGAUUGUGGAUCCUGCAUUGAAGUCUCUCUCAGUGGGUGUAUUUCUGUUAGUUUUAAGAAUUUUUGGUGGUAUUCCUGCUCCCAUUUGCUUUGGUGCUCUUAUUGACUCGACCUGUCUGAAAUGGGGCCAGAAGAAAUGCGGUGGAAGUGGUACAUGCAGAAUGUAUGACAUUGAAACUUUCAGGUACCUAUUUCUGGGACUGGUCAGCUCUCUGCGGACAAUUAGCUAUACCCUGUUAUGGAUUGUCACCAUACAGAUUAAGAGGAAAGUACAGAACGAUAAGCAAAUGUCCAAGGAUGCAGAACUCCAACACCCUAUCUUUAUUGGUGUAUUUGCCUUCUGUUAUUUCUAUAAAUUGCUGACAAGGAGUUACACCAAAAGCACCAUAACUCAGAUUGAGAGUCACUUUGAGAUUCAAAGCUCUUCUGCUGGUAUCAUCAAUGGCAGCUUUGAAAUGGGUACAAGUACUAUACAGUUGCCACCCACACUGAUGAUGCUGAUAAUUUCACAAACAACCUCCUUGACAACAACCAAUCUGGCUUCAAAAGCGGCCACUCAACUGAGACUGCUCUACUCUCAGUUACUGAAGCCCUGA